GGACCCCUGGGGCAACUGGGAAUACAUCUGCAAGAUAAACCUGGACUGUUUCCUUAACCACCCCAGCGUCAAGUUCACCGUGUCCACGCUCGUCACCAUCAACAUGGGGAUGAUCUUGAUCAACAUCGUGAAGCCCAUGGGGACGCUGGGCAGGAUCGUGGAUGCCAUUGUGCUGGUGGCUGUGAUCACUGAGGUCCUCCACUGGCACAGAGGUUUCUGGUUGUUCUGGAAGCACCGCCGGAACAUCCCCCACUUCUUCCUGGCGGCCUUCCUCGUGCUGAUCCUUUUCUGCAUCAUCUUUAUCACGGGGAUGGUAUCGAUCUCUAUCACCUUGCUGUCGUCUGUGAUGAUGCAUUUCUUAAAUGAACAGCUGAAGGUGGCUUCUUUGCAAGAAAGACUUUUGGUGGAUGUGAAUGGUACCAGCCUGGGCUUCCCCAGCAUGGAAGUGGGGUGCAGUGAUGAGAAGGACGAUGGUGAUGAGGAGGAGAAGGAGGAGGAGGAAGAGGACGAAGAGGAGGAGAAGAAAGAAAAGGAAGAGGAGGAAGAAGAGAAGGAGGAGGAGAAGAACCUAUUCCAUGGAAGGAAUCUCGUUGCUGAGUGGCCUCAGGAUUAAACUGUGCGUCAAUUUUGGGUAAAACUACUGAGAUUUGGGAUCUUGGGGUCAGAUCUGGUGCUGGGUCCCACUCAAGUUCCUGCCCAGUGCAGAGCAUCAGCUCCCCCCGACCCCUUCCUGCACCGGGCUCCAGGCACAGGACCCCAGCAUGGUUUUCUCUCCAGAAGAUGCAAUCCCUGCGCUGGGUUUGGGGCGGGCCGGGGGGUGCGCAGCCCACGGGCAGGAACUCACCCGGGGCCGGAGCGGGGGAGGGAGUUGUUCCUUAAAACAAAGGAAAAAAAGAUAAUUCAGUCGCAGUCGCGGUCCCGACCCCGAUCCCCGCGGCGGACUCCGAGCAGGUGGUGCUAAUGAGGCCCCACCCCCUUAUUUGCAUACGACGUGACCCUGCCCCUCCCUCUCUGCGCGGCCCCUUUAAGGCCCCUCCCGCCCGGCGCCGCGGGCUGCCGGGAGGCGGGGCGCUGGCAGCGGCAGCCAAUCAGCGCGCGGCAUUUUCCGCGGGAAAUCCGAAUUUCGCGGCACGGCGUUUGGCGCUUAAAGGGAGGGGAAAAAAAAAAAAAAAAA